GUUUGUGAGUGUUUCGUAUGCCCCCAUGGUAUGCCCUUUUUAGUUGGUUAUAAAUAUUUAAAAUACAUAAAAUAAUACUUUGUUAUUAUUUAAUAAGUUUACAAGUAAAAAUGUCUGAUGAAAUUGUGGCUGAGCCUAGAGUUAAAAGGCAAAAGACAGAUAAAUUUGGUCGAUUUGCUGCACUUCAGAAAUUGAAGGAAUUAAAAGGUUCAAAACAUAAAUAUGAAGUUGAUGAAAUCGAUAAUGUUUAUGACAAUGUUGAUGAAAAUGAGUAUACAAAAAGAAUAUUGGAGAGACAAGAUGAUGAUUGGAUUGUGGAUGAUGCAGGUGGUAGUGGAUAUGUUGAAGAUGGCAGGGAAGUUUUUGAUGAUGAUUUGGAUUCAGAAUCAAUUGCUAAUGCAUCCAUGAAAAGCAAAGGAAAGAAACGAAAAAAGAAACAUGUUUCUGAAAAUUCUGGGAAAGGAAAAAUACAAUUUAUGAUGUCAAAUUUACCUAAUAAGAAAAAAGAUGUUGUGAAUUUAGAUGAAGAUAAUGUUUUGUCUGAAUUACUAACAGAAAUAGAUAAGCCUGAUACAAAAAUAGGAAUUAAACCAAAGGCAAUUUCUAAUUUUUCAUUGAUCGCUGAAAAGAAAGCUAUUGGAGACUAUAUGAAAAACUUUGCUGCUAGCAAGCCUAAAGUUAGGAAAGAAAUUAAUUGUAGUUCAACUACCAACAAUAUAGAAGAAGAGAUUGGAGAAAGUUCCAAAACUGAAUCAGUCAUUGAGGAUUCAAAACAACCACAAACCAGUAAUUUAAAUGAUAGUAACAAAAAAUCCAAAUUAUUGUUCCAAAUUGCAGAACCCAUUAAAACUAUAUCAAAGGUAGAAAAUAUAAAAAUAGAAGCUGAAGAACUUAGUUCAGAAAUAUUUUUUGAUGAUGAUUUUGACUUUAGUCAAAUAGAUGAUGAACCAAAUAUUCAUAAUAUCAAGGAAAGAAAAACAAACGAUUUUGUGGAUGAUCUGAACUUUGGAGAUAAUGAAGACAUUUUUGAUGACUUAACUGUAGAUAUGUCAGAAAUGAAUCAUGAUACUAAUUCUUUCACAUUCUUUUGGUGGGAUGCUUAUGAAGAUGCUAUAAAUAAACCUGGCGUAGUUUUACUUUUUGGUAAAACAUUUUCUGAAAAGGACAAAAAAUUUAUCAGUUGUUGUGUUGUCAUUAAAAAUAUUGAAAGGAAGAUAUUUUUAUUACCAAGAAAAUAUAAACUGAAUGAAGCUUUUGAACCAACCUGCACAGAAGUAACAUUUGAGGAUGUAUAUGAAGAAUUUAAUACAGAAAUGAAAAAUAAUGAUCAAAUAUUGUCGUAUAAAUCAAAGAAAGUAAUGAAACACUAUGCUUUUGAUUCAACCGUCCCAAUAGACAGUGAAUAUCUUGAAGUGAGAUAUACUGGAAAUAUUAAUUUCUUAAAUAAAAGGUUUUAUACAAUUUCUCGAAUUUUUGGAGCAAAUAGUGGUUUCCUCGAAAUCUUGCUAUUAGAUCGAAAAAUUAAAGGACCUUGUUGGCUGAGCGUUAAAAAUGCAGAUAUCUCCAUGAAUCCCUAUACAUAUUCAACUAUAGAGAUGACUUGCGAAAAAUAUUCUAACAUAUCUGUAAUUCAAGCCACAAAACCUUUACCACCGCCACCAUUGGUUGUUUUAGCUUUAAAUAUAAAAUUGGCAGUAAAUAUUAAUGGUGAAAAUCAAAUUGCUCUGAUAUCUUCUCUAAUUAAUAAUCGAUAUUAUGUGGAUAAGCAAGCUCCAACACCGCCGUUUCAAGAGCAUUUUUGUGUUUUAACAAAAUUAAAUGACCAGAUGCUUCCAGUUGAUAUGCAUUCCUCGCUAUCCAAAUACAAAGCAACAAAAGUUCAAAAAAUGGACUCUGAACGUGCUUUACUGAAUUAUUUUCUAGGACAAUUUUCUAAAAUCGAUCCUGAUCUGAUUGUUGGUCACGAUAUGAACGGUUAUCAAUUAAAUAUAUUGGGUGAACGAUUAAUGAAAACAAACGUGCAAAAUUUUAGCAGAUUAUCAAAGAUUAAAAGGUCGAAUGGUAAUUUUAAUAAGUAUAAUAUCGAAAAGAGCCUUUUUGCUGGUCGUUUAGUUUGUGACAUAAAGCUGAGCGCUAAAGAAUUAAUUAAAUCAAGAUCGUAUGAUUUAGAUUCAUUAUGUCAGUAUAUAUUAAAACUGCCAGAAGGGCAUCGUAUAGAAAUUGAACCUGAAAAUGUACCUUCCAUGUAUACUAAUUCUCUUGAUUUGUUCAAAAUGAUUUCUCUUACCAUGCAAGAUACCGCAUAUAUUUUGAAAAUGAUGUACGAGUUAAGUGUCCUACCAUUAGCACUACAGAUUACAAAUAUUGCAGGCAAUGUUAUGUCUAAAACAUUAAUGGGAGGUCGCUCCGAAAGAAAUGAAUAUUUACUUAUGCACGCGUUUAAUGAACGCGACUAUAUAGUACCUGAAAAAUAUAUAAAAAGGAAAGAUGACUUUGAAAAGUCUAAUUCGAAGAGAAAGAAACCUGCUUAUUCAGGGGGAUUGGUUUUGGAUCCAAAAAUUGGGUUUUAUGAUAAAUUGAUCUUGCUUAUGGACUUCAAUUCUCUUUAUCCGAGUAUUAUACAGGAAUAUAAUAUUUGCUUUACAACCAUUAAUCUAUCCGACAAUGAAGAUAUAACUCUUCCAGAUAAAUCGAUACCGCCUGGUAUAUUACCAUCUGAAAUUAGGAAAUUAGUUGAAAGUAGACGAGAAGUAAAAAAAUUGAUGAAUAAUUCCGAUUUAUCGCAAGAUUUACAAAUGCAAUAUAAUAUUCGACAAAUGGCUCUAAAACUAACAGCAAACAGUAUGUACGGAUGUUUGGGUUUCAGUAAUUCUCGAUUUUACGCUAAGCCUUUAGCAGCUUUAGUUACCCAAAAAGGCAGAGAAAUAUUAAUAAAUACUAAAGAUAUUGCACAAAAACUGAUGUUUGAUGUCAUCUACGGCGAUACUGAUAGUAUAAUGAUAAAUACUAAUUCAAAUGAUUAUGAACAAGUAUUCAAAAUCGGAAAAAGCAUUAAACAAGAAAUUAAUAAAAUGUAUAAACAAGUAGAAUUAGAUAUUGACGGAGUAUUUAAAUAUCUUUUACUUCUUAAAAAGAAAAAAUAUGCCGCAGUAUCGUUAGUUAAAGGGAAACAUGGACAGUUAAAUGAAAUACAAGAAAUUAAAGGAUUGGACAUUGUAAGAAGAGAUUGGUCGCAAUUAGCAGCGUCUGCUGGGAGAAUUGUUUUAAAUCAAAUUCUUUGCGAACAAAGUCCGGAUGAACGAGUGGAGAAUAUUUUUUGCUACCUGAGUAAAUUAAAAGAAGAAAUUGUUGCCAAUAAAGUACCAUUACAAUUAUUGGUAAUAACGAAGCAAUUAACGAAGAAUCCAGCUUUAUACGCCGAUUCUAAGUCAUUGCCGCAUGUGCAAGUUGCAUUACGUCAUAAUAAAAAAAAAGGGAAAAAAUUCAAAGCUGGUGACACUGUUCCAUACAUCAUUUGCAACGAUGGUACAAAUAAUCCUGCAACACAGAGGGCUUAUUUAAUUGAGGAAUUAAAAACUUCUACUAAUCUUAAAAUUGAUACAAAUUAUUACUUGGCCCAACAGAUUCAUCCAGUUAUUUCAAGAAUUUGUGAACCAAUUCAAGGAACAAGUGCAUAUGAAAUAGCAAAUUGUUUAGAUAUUCAAUCAACAAAUUUUGUCAAGAAACCGAGCGAAAUAAGUGUACAUGAAUCAUUUAAACUUGAUAAAACCUUUCGGAACGCUGAACCGUUUAAAUAUAAUUGCAUUGGUUGCAAAGAGAUCAAUAGUGUGAGCAGCCUAUUAGUCAACAACAAACUUUCUUUUGAAAAAUGUACAAAUAGUGAAUGCAAUAUUCGACCAGCCGAGUGUACACAAUAUAUACAAAAUGAACUAGUAAAAACAAUACGCAAUUUUAUCAAAAGGUACUAUUCAAAUGAAUUAACAUGUGAAGAUCCAGGAUGUCCUAAUAAUACUGCUAGGCUACCACAAUCGUUUGUAAACAAAUAUCCCAUAUGUACCCUUUGUAAGAGCGGUGUUAUGUAUAAAAGAUUUACUGAAAACGACCUAUAUUCGCAGCUAAUGUCUUAUAAGCAAUUGUUUGAUAUUUCAAAAGUUGAUAAAAAAUCAAUAGAGCCCGCAUUGGAACUGCUAUAUAAUAAUUGUAAAAUGAAUGUGGAAAAUGUUCUGAAAAGUUCAGGAUUUUGCACAAUCGAUUUGAAAGAAUUAUUUGAUGGAUUUACAAUUACAAGCAAGCAGAAUAAAAAUACUGCUGGUGAAUAUCUGGAUCUUUUAAAUACAGUGGAUGAUGAAUAUUAUGAUUCAGAAUUCCAAUGAUCAUAAAUAUAUUUGAAAUAAAUUGAAAUAUUUAACAAAA